AUGAUUUUGGACGGGUCGUCGUUGUGUCCGUCUGGUUGCUUGCUGUUCAAUGCUACAGGUAGAGCUAACGAAUCGUCAGGUCAGUCGGAAUCAUUUGUUGCUGGUGAUGUGAAGGGAGGGAUACAGAGUUGGGACGGCGGAAAGUGGGCAAAAGCCGUUGUUUCCACGGCAGUGCUCAAGCUUGUAUUAAGGAGAAAACUAACUGGAAUUCAUGUCUUUACCAUAUUUGCUAUAUGGAAGCUAAUAGGAGAAACAAGGGGUAAAGAAGUGGAAGAAAAUGAAAUGCAAGGGGGAAGAAAAGAAACCGGAUUUGGUGCUCUGUUGGCUCAUACCAAUACAGAUCAACUUACCAUAAAACUUACAGUUCGGAGGCAUUAUGCGAUGAUAGCAAGCUCAUCGUCAGCAAUCCAGGAAGAAGUACCGAAAUCAGAUGCCAUAGAGGAAACUAGCGCUACUGGUCGAGGUACAGUUCAAGAAAAUGGAGAAAAGGCAGAUGAAACUGAUGGCGAUUUGGUGACUAGAACGCCUAAAGUUGCUGAUUGUGCUUCAAGGUGA